AUGUGGACAAUGAGAUGGAUAUUUAUGCUGGUUUUGAUUGCUGAGAUGCAUACAAAGGAAACUUCUUUACUUGAUGAUGUUGAGCUGACAGUUGGAGAUGUCAUCUUGACUGAAGAAGUUGUUCAACUCGAUGCAUCAAAAGGAAAACAGAUAAUCAAGCACAAAAAUGAGUCGACGGGUAUCGCUUGGAUUAGAAUGAGUGACGUGGAAAGUGCUUUCAAAACUGAGAAAGGAGAUGGAGUGAAGGAAAUUGAAGAAAUGGAGGAUCUCUGUCCAGAUACGGUGAAUGGGAUCUCAAACGAGGCACGCUUGGCUGUAGUGGACUUUCACAAUCGAAUGAGGACACGACUUGCUAAAGGACAACAAAGAGAUAAGCGCUCAAUUUUUGCUCCUCCAGCCAAGGAUCUCUUGAAAAUGAUGUACGAUUGUGAUAUCGAAGCUAAUGCUCAAUCUUGGGCUGAUGCUUGCAAACACAGACACACCGACGCUUACACAAGAAGAAAACUGGAUAUUGGAGAAAAUUUGGCUUGGAUCCCAGGAAAUAGAAGUGACACAGAACACGCUACUUUUUCGAGUUUCCUUUGGUGGCGUGAGGUGGAGAGCAUCGGAAUCGGAAAUGAUACGACUUUUUUGUACGAUUUCUUGAAACAAGGAUUAGGGCAUUAUACACAGAUGGCUUGGCAUGGAUCUUUCCGAUUGGGUUGCGGAAUGAAUCAGUGCAAUGACUGGAUGUAUGUCGUGUGUCAGUACACACCAAGAGGUAAUGGACCUGAGGGCAGAAAAAUCUAUACAAUCGGUGAUCCUUGUCAAAAAGAUGAUGAUUGUCCGGGAAGAACGAAAUGUCUUCAAGAUGAAGCUCUUUGCGAAGUCCCUUCGCAUACGAUUAAGAGAAAAAGGAGAUCAAAUUUUAAA